AUGCCCGUGAUUCGAAACCCAGACUCUGUUAAAAGGUACCUCAGAUUUGAGAGAGGCCGACUUUUGCGCGACUUUUUGAUUAAAGAGUUGGAGAGCGAUUAUGAUGGGUCCAGGAAAGAUGAUACUAGCGACGAUGAAUUAAAAAUAGAAGAAGAAGGAGCUAAUUAUGAACUGGAACAGAUAUUGAAUAUGGGUAAAUUAUUGGGUUAUUUGGAAAGGUUUAUUGCGUUUUCGUUUCUUGCUUCGUUAGACUGUUUCCUGCAUUAUUUGACAGUGGUUCCCGUCAGGAUCGUAUACGCAUUGACAAGGAAAAAGGGUCUUCAAAGAACUCGAAAGGAAUUGACGAUGUUGAUCCUUAUAGUACUGGCCGCUUGCGGUUUGAGUCACAUGAAUACGUCGCGAGUUUACCACGUAAUUAAGGGCCAAAGCGCUAUUAAACUGUAUAUGAUGUUUGGAGUGCUUGACAUGUGCGAUAAAAUGCUAUCGUCAGUGGGACAAAGUCUUUUGACAGCUUUAAUGGCUAACAAAUACAAGCAGAAAACCAUUGAACCAUUUUUGUUACAAUUUUUCGCAUUGUUGUACCUGUUGUGCCAUGGAAGCGUUUUGAUUUAUGAAACGAUAGCACUUAACGUUGCGGUGAACGCGUAUUCAAAUUCACUUUGGACGCUUUUACUGUCCAUGCAAUUUGCCGAAAUCAAAUCUUCCGUUUUCAAGCGCAUUGACAAAGAAGGUCUUUUCCAAAUCGCCAUAGCAGACGUCGUGGAAAGGUUCCAAAUGUUUAUUCUUUUGCUCAUUAUAGCUAUUAGAAACCUCGUCGCAUCUGGAUCGACUUUCAACACUUUAGUACCGGACUCUUGGACCUUCCACACGACUUCGUCGCUCGUGGUCGGGAUUUUGUGCGGACCCACCGUUGUCGUCAUAGGUAGCGAGAUCCUCGUCGAUUGGAUCAAACACGCCUACAUUACCAAAUUCAAUCGAAUUCGUCCUCAGAUUUACGACAACUACCUUUCGAUUUUGAGCGCCGAUCACAUAAAUCAUCUUUCGAAAUUCCAGGCAAGAACAGGACUUCCAGUCCCUGCUUUGGUCGUAACACUCAUCGUUUUAACGAGACCUCCGCUCCAACAAAGUUUGAAAGAUACAUCUACGUCAAAAACCGGGCUGAUGCUCAUUCUCAGUUUAGCAUGCGUCUGUCUAAUGCUAACCAAAGUCAUUUUACACUUAUUUCUCGUCAAAUGGUCCCGCCUACUACAAUGCUCCUUGCCGACUUCGUUUGAUCCUGAAAACGGCUAUACUCCCGGAAUGCUCUCUGCUGGCAGAGGCAAAGUCGACGAGGAUAUGCGCCAGUUAAUUCAUGCGGAUUUACGCUCUUCGAGCGACAAGCAAAGGCCACACACAGCCCAUGUCCCUACAAGUCUCCAUGAGCUGCGCAGAAGGAAAGACAAACGGGAUUCAAAGUCAUUAAACAAGGUUAUGCGGUAUAAAAUGGUAUCAAAGAACAUAUGGUGA